AUGGUUUACGAAAGUGACUUUUACACAACCCGCCGGCCCUACAGGCCCGUCUCCAGUUACAGCGUGUCGCGGCCGGGCGACUGGGAGCUGGUGCCGUUCGUGCCGCGCCCGAGCCUGGUGCCCGACCCCAUCACGGCGUUCGGCCGCCGCGCCAACCCCGGAGCGAGGCCUUCCAUACUCGACCCCGUAGUCCGACAGAACAUACCGCCCAAGCCCGAGUCGAAGCUGGCCCCGCUCGCGCCCUACGUGUCUCCUCGGGACCAGACGAGAGCGCGCGUGCUGUCAGCUGUGGGCCAACGGGAGCGCGCCUACGAGGCGGACCCGCUCGGGACCCCGCGCGACCAUAUGGACGUGGUGCUGGCUCAGGCGCACGGGCGGCCGCUACACACGCCUCAUCGACACGUCUUCUACAGCAACUACGCCUCAUAUUGA